CUGGUAUUAGGGAGCCCUUGCCAAGUGGAUGGAGUGGGACUGCGCCUUUGGGAAUUGCUGGCAGAAACGCUAUGAACGGCAAAGAGGACCAGACAAUAUGGGGACGUACACGGUCCGCGUGGUCACCGGAGACUCGCUCUUGGCAGGCUCCAGCAACCUGGUGCAGCCGUGGCUAGUCGGCGAGCACCGGGAGGCGGAUCUUGGGAAGCUGCUGCGGCCGCUGCGGGGAAAGAAGACAGAGCUGGAGAUCAACGUCCCCUUGCAUUUGGGGCGCCUCCUGCUGGUGAAGCUGCGCAAACACAAAGGCCUGUUGGAUUUUGACUGAUUCUGCAAGUGGUUCACCGUAUUGGGACCUGGGACUCAAGGAGAAGUCUUUUUCCCCUGCUACAGUUGGGUGCAGAGCAACGGCAUUAUCUGCCUACCUGAGGGCACUGCCCGGACGGUGAGUGAUGACCUCCAGAAUCUGUUUAAGAAACACCGAGAACAGGAGUUGGAGGACAGAAGGAAGGUGUACUGGUGGGGCUUUUGGAAAGAUAGCUUAAUCCUGCCCAUAGCAGGGAACUCGCAGUGGGAUCGUCCCAGGAAUGAGAGGUUCAUGGAGGAUAAGGAUUUAGACUUCACCCUCUCUCUGGCAAAAGUGCUGAAGGACUUGGCCAUUAAGGGGACUCUAGAUUUUGCAAAUCCUGUGCAAAGACUGGAGGAUUACAAAAAGAUAUUCCCUCGUGGAAAGACUGCUCUGGCUGGGCAGGUCUGUGAUUCUUGGAAGGAUGAUGCCCUCUUUGGGUACCAGUUCCUCAACAGUGCAAACCCUAUGCUCCUGAGGGGAUCUAUGAGGAUUCCAACCCAGUCGGUGCUGCCUCCAGGGAUGGAAGACUUUCAGACCCAGUUGGAGAAAGAGCUCCAGGCUGGGUGUCUAUUUGAAGCUGAUUUCUCCCUGCUGGAUGGAGUCAAGCCUAACAUCAUCAGUUUUAAGCAUCAGUACGUGGCAGCCCCUUUGGUAAUGCUGAAGCUACAGCCUGAUGGGAGACUCUUACCCAUGGUCAUCCAGCUCCAGCCACCUCGACACAGAAGCCUCCUACCUCUGCUCUUCUUACCCUCAGAUCCUCCAAUGGCCUGGCUCCUGGCCAAGAUAUGGGUCGGUAGCUCUGAUUUCCAACUGUACCAGUUACAGUCACAUCUGUUAAGGGGACAUCUAAUGGCUGAGGUUAUUUCUGUGGCCACAAUGAGGAGCUUACCUAGCCUCUAUCCUAUCCAUCAGCUCCUGGUCCCCCACUUCCGCUACACCAUGGAGAUCAACAUCCUGGCACAGACUAAUCUUGUUUCUGAAUGGGGAAUUUUUGGUCUGCUGGUGAGUACAGGGAGAGGAGGUCAUGGGGACAUUCUCCAGAGAGCCACAGCUUGUUUGAUUUACUGUUCCUUUUGCCCUCCGGAUGACCUGGCAGACAGUGGGCUCUUGGAUGUGAAAUCUUCCCUCUAUGGCCAAGAUGUUCUCAGGCUAUGGGAAAUCAUCAAUCAGUAUAUAGAGAAGAUGGUCAGACUGUUCUACAAGAGUGACACAGAUGUGACAAAUGAUCCAGAGCUGCAGGCCUGGUGCAGAGAGAUCAGUGAGAUUGGGCUGCAGGGGGCCCAGGACCGGGGGUUUCUCAUCUCCUUAGAGUCCCGGGAUCAGCUGUGCUAUUUUGUUACCAUGUGCAUCUUCACAUGCACUGGUCAACAUGCUUCUACCCAUCUGGGUCAGCUGGACUGGUAUGCCUGGAUCCCCAAUGGCCCAUGCACCAUGCAGAAACCCCCACCUACCUCCAAGGAUAUGACAGAUAUAGUGGACUCACUGCCUAGUCUCCAGCAGGCUCGACUGCAGAAGACUUUCACCAAGUUCCUUGGCAGACGCCAGCCUGUCAUGGUAGCCCUGGGACAGCAUAAAGAGGACUAUUUCUCAGGUCCUGGGCCUCAAGCUGUGCUGAUGCAAUUCCAGGAGGAGCUGGCUUUCAUGGAUAAGGAGAUUGAGGUCCAAAAUGCAGGCGUGGACCUGCCCUUGGAGUACCUCCAACCCAGCAUGGUGGAAAACAGUGUGACCAUCUGAGAGGUCUUUUUCACUUUGUGGUGGUUUGAAUGAAAAUGUCCCCCAUAGACUCCAAGUAUUCGGACAUUUUGUCCCCAGAUGAUGGUGCUG